AUGUCUCACCGAAAGUUCUCGGCUCCGAGACAUGGACACAUGGGAUUCACCCCAAAGAAGCGCUCACGCACUUACCGCGGAAGAAUAAAGGCUUUCCCAAAGGAUGACAAGAGCAAGCCAAUUCACUUGACUGCUUUCCUCGGAUACAAGGCCGGUAUGACCCAUAUCGUCCGUGAUGUCGACAAGCCAGGAUCAAAGGUUAACAAGAAGGAGGUCGUCGAGGCUGUUUCCAUCAUCGAGACCCCACCAAUGGUCAUCGCUGGAGUUACCGGAUACAUCGACACCCCACAAGGACCACGUGCUCUUACCACCAUCUGGGCCGAGCACUUGUCCGAGGAGGCUCGCCGUCGCUUCUACAGCAACUGGGCCAAGUCUAAGAAGAAGGCUUUCACCAAGUACGCCAAGAAGUGGCAAGACGAGGACGGAAAGAAGCUCAUCGAGGCUGAUUUCGCCAAGCUGAAGAAGUACUGCUCUUCCAUCCGUGUGAUCGCUCACACUCAGAUGAAGAUCCUUCGCCGUCGCCAAAAGAAGGCUCACCUCGUUGAAAUCCAAGUCAACGGAGGAACCAUCGAGCAGAAGGUUGACUGGGCUCGCGAGCACCUCGAGAAGCAAAUCCAAGUUGACACCGUCUUCUCUCAAGACGAGAUGAUUGACACCAUCGGAGUCACCAAGGGACACGGAUUCAAGGGAGUCACAUCCAGAUGGCACACCAAGAAGCUUCCUCGCAAGACUCACAAGGGUCUCCGCAAGGUUGCCUGUAUUGGAGCCUGGCAUCCAUCCCGUGUCGCCUUCACCGUCGCUCGCGCCGGACAGAAGGGAUUCCAUCACAGAACCAUCAUCAACAACAAGAUCUACAAGAUUGGAAAGUCUGCUCUCACCGAGGAAGGAAAGAACAACGGAUCCACCGAGUUCGAUCUUACCCAGAAGACCAUCAACCCAAUGGGAGGAUUCCCAAGAUACGGUAUCGUCAACCAGGAUUACAUCAUGCUCCGUGGUGCCAUCCUUGGACCAAAGAAGCGUCUUAUCACCCUCCGCAAGUCCCUCAUCACCCAAACCAAGAGAGUCGCCCACGAGAAGAUCAACCUCAAGUGGAUCGAUACCUCUUCCAAGACCGGACACGGUCGCUUCCAGACCACCGCCGAGAAGCGUGCUUUCAUGGGAAAACUCAAGCGCGACUUCCUUGCCGAGGCUGAGGCUAAGGCUUAA